UGCAAAGCGUGGCUGACCUCGCCUCGCUGCCGGUCUGCAGCAGGAUGCAAUUGAUUUGGCUACGACCGUAAAUGAAACAUGGAUUUGAGUGAUUGUUCAACUAGGCCAUAUACUACUCAGCCUACUACAGCGGUUUAUAUGCAUGAGCACUGUUACAUAUAAGACAAACACAAUGACUCUGCCUAUCGUAGAAAACGUGCUUGCUCAACUGAGCCUACAAAAUAUACUCCUCGUAGGUUCCCUGUUAUUGUUAAUAAUUCGAAUUAUUGGAUCCCCGCGGAAUCUGCCCCCUGGGCCACUUGGUUUUCCUAUUGUAGGCGCCAUACCUAGAUUGGGUAAAGAAUCAUAUGUGAAAUUUACAGAGUGGACUCGAGAAUACGGUAAUAUUUAUAGCGUGCGACUUGGAGGAAAAACUAUAGUGGUUUUGAAUGACAUAGAAGUGGCCAAGGAAGCUUUUGUAAAACAUGCUAAUCAUUGCUCUGAUCGUCCUCACAUAGCCGAUGUUAGAAUUGGGCUGACGGUUCCAGGUAGCUUGGUCUUUGAGAAUGGACCAGUUUGGAAAGAACGUCGACGAUGGGCGCUCGGAGCAUUGCGGAAUUUUGGUGUCGGCAAUCGUAGUCUAGAAAAUAAGAUCAACGAAGAAGCAAGAUAUUUAUGCCAAGAAAUCGAGACAAAAGCCGAAGUCGCAUUCGACCCAUUUCAUGUUGUCAACAAUGCUGUUUCUAACAUCGUCUGCUCCAUCAGUUUUGGAGAAAGGUUUGAUUAUGCAGAUUCAACAUUCGAGUUCUUGCUUUUACAGUUAAAAGAAUUGUUUGCGUCACUUGGUCUUGUUUCUGCGGCAAACUUCUUUCCGUUCUUAUGGCAUACACCGUACAAGGCUAAAGAAAGGCAACUCUACAAAACUAUCAAAACGUUCGUUGUUGAUAUUGUCAACCGUCAUAAGAAGACCUUUGAUGCCAAGGACAUCCGAGACAUGAUCGACCACUAUAUCAAUGAGAUAAAUCAACAGAAAGAAAAACGAAAUGAGAUAGUUUUCAACCCAGACCUUAUUUGGAGAGGGAUUCAGGAUCUGUUUCAGGCUGGAACAGAGACCACUACAACUACUAUGAGGUGGAUUAUACUUUAUAUGUUACAUUACCCAGAGGUCCAACGAAAGGCACAGAAGGAAAUCGAACGGGUUUUUGGUAGAGAGCGUACACCGAGUUGGGAGGAUCGAAGUGAAUUACCUUAUGUUAGAGCUAUGAUCAUGGAAAUCCAACGAUGUUCGACACCAACUCACAGCAACGUCCCAAGAUGUACAAAUGCUGAAAUUAUGCUUAAAGGCUAUACGAUACCUGCCAAUACCCAGCUGCUUCUAAAUGUUUGGGGUUUGCACCAUGAUCCAAAUAUGUGGGAUGAUCCUUAUAAGUUCAAUCCCAUGAGACAUAUUGAGGAUGAUGGGAAGACCAUUAAGAAAAAUGAUGCAUUUUUACCGUUUGGAAUAGGUGACCGAGUUUGCAUUGGUCAAAAUCUGGCGAAGAUGGAAUUAUUUCUUUUUACCGUUAAUCUACUACAGCACUUCACCUUUAAAGUACCAGACGAUCAGUCUCCACUCCCUCUCAAUGACGUUAUCGUCGGUGUACUGAGGAGUCCAAAGCCAUUCUGCGUGUCUGCAAUAAAAUGCUAAGGCGUGUUUAUUCACACACCAUUUAAGGAACUUUUUAGUUGAUGGGCAAUGCCUGAUACAU